UACCGCCCAUACAAUUUCCCUGAACCUUUUAUUAUUCUUCCACGAUAAGCCCAUAUAUCGCUCGCAGCUCUGAUCAGCUCUGGUCACGCUCUCUCAACUGCCUCCGCUCAGCUUGCACGAUCCAUCUUAUUCAUCGGUACACCAUGGACCAGCCACAACCACCCACCGACCAACCUCAGCAACCCCCGCCGGCGACCCUGACAAACCCCCGCUUUACCCUCGAGCUCGAAUUUGUCUCGUCGUUGGCGAACCCAUACUACCUCUCUCACCUCGCUGUUACAUACCCUCACCUACUGGGCAUUUCUAACUCCGGCGAUGAAGUUGACGCGACCAAGGACACCGUGGAUCCCGACGCGCAGGCCUUCGCCGCAUACCUUGCCUACCUCUACUCCUACUGGAAAACCCCCGAAUAUGCCCAAUUCCUGACCCAUCCUGGCGCCACUCUACGCGCACUACGGCUUCUCCAGGAAGAAGCAUUCCGCCGCGACAUCAUCCGCCCACAGGUCAUCGAAGGACUCGCGGGGAUGGGUAUCAAUGCUGAAGAAGGCGGCAUAACCGCGGAGCAGGAAGGAGAACAAGACAGGGAGGGGCAGGGAAAACAGGAAGAAGUGGGGAAUAAUAACACUUCAAAGACCUGAGGGUCGUUUCCCCGAAACUGCGAGGAAGAGGCCCGGCGUCUUCGCUCGACCUCUACGAUAGGCUUGCUCGGCUACAACCUAAAAAGGAAAGCGUUGCGGGCGGCGGAGAAGAUUCAGGGGAUCUACAUCGGGGGACAGAAUUGGGUUUCUUCAAACCUAUUUGGCUACCCUCUCCCCGCAAAGUUGCUUCGAUUGAGGUUCCGGACGCACUGAUGCUCUUUGGUUCACGACGGCGUGGAGCGUCAUGUGUGACCGAGGCACUCCCGCUUUUCCUUGAAUGGUUCGUUGCGGUCGGCUAUUCUUGGAAGCGGUGCCCUAUGAGGUGACAUGUAGCGCUUUGUUUUUGGGUUCUCGCCGUGUCUGUGCUGCAUAGCUCGGAAUGUACUGGUAGCUUGAUUCUUGCUCGGCAUCUCCCCUACAUGCGGGGGAGCGCUUUCUACUACUCGAUUAUGCACCGAGAGAAUAUGUGCAUGCGGUUGAUAGACUGUGUCUUGUGACCAGCGAGAGUAAGAUGGAAUAUUGAAUGGGUGUUUAUUCAAAUUGUAAGAUCUGUCAGAGUUCUCCUCUUGAAUGUUGAGUACAACUUGUCCUACUUCCCCAAUUACGAGUUCCAGCUAUGACGUUGGCCGCGAUUUGUUUAUUUCUCGCUCUCUUCCUCUGUGGCGGAAUGGGCAGUAAUUGGAACUGGAGGGUAUGAGAGUGAUUU